AUGCUUGGGCUCCACACCGUCUGCAGGCUUACCGUGGUCGCGGACGUAAAACACAACAUCGAAACACUCAAAAUCGGAACAACACUCUCUCUUCUCCCUCCUCCUCCUCCUCCCCGCCACCACGCUCGCCAGACUGGUAGGUUGAAUCCGCUCACUCUGGCAGCCUGAAAUGUUCGUUUCCUUUAGACAACCUGAGGAGCAACCGACCGGAACGGAGAACAUUGCUAGUGGCCCGGGAACUGGCGCGCUACAAGGUGGACAUCGCCGCACUCAGCGAGACUCGAUUCUCCAAACAAGGCCAGCUAGAGGCAGACGCCGGCUACACCUUCUUCUGGAUCGGUCACCCCGAAGCAGAGCAACGGGACGCGGGCGUCGCCUUUGCCAUCCGGAACGACAUCGUGGGACGACUGCUCUGUCUGCCGCAGGGCAUCAACGAUUGUCUGAUGAGCCUCCGCCAGCCUCUCCGGGGAGGCAAAUUCGCCACCAUCAUCAGCGCCUACGCUCCCCCAAUGACUAGCCCCGUCGAGGCGAGGAACAAAUUCUACGAGGAUCUGUACGCCUUCCUGGAGACUGUGUCGAAGGCGCAUAAGUUGAUUGUCCUUGGCAACUUCAACGUCCGCGUCGGCACAGACCAUGCUGUCUGGAGAGGAGUGCUAGGCCCCUGUGGUCUCAACGGCUCCAAUGACAAUGGCCUGCUCCUUCUAUGA